AGUACUACAGUGAAGCUGAUGCCAGGUUUUGCUGGUACACCAGGGUACCUGUCUCCUGAGGUGCUGAGAAAAGACCCUUAUGGCAAGCCUGUGGAUAUGUGGGCCUGYGGUGUGAUCCUCUACAUUCUCCUGGUAGGAUAUCCUCCAUUCUGGGAUGAGGACCAGCACAGACUCUAUCAGCAGAUUAAAGCUGGAGCUUAUGAUUUCCCUUCUCCAGAGUGGGACACUGUGACCCCAGAGGCCAAAGACCUGAUCAACAAGAUGCUGACCAUUAACCCAUCCAAGAGAGUCACUGCCACAGAUGCACUCAAACACCCCUGGAUCUGUCAACGUUCCACUGUGGCCUCCAUGAUGCACAGACAGGAGACUGUGGAGUGUCUCAAGAAAUUCAACGCCAGAAGGAAACUCAAGGGAGCCAUCCUCACCACGAUGCUCGCCACUCGCAACUUUUCAGCAGCCAAGAGCCUGCUGAACAAAAAACCAGAUGGUGUCAAAAUCAACAACAAGGCUAAUGUGGUCACCAGCCCCAAAGAGCCUGUCCCCACUCCUUCUCUGGAGCCUCAGACUACUGUUAUCCACAAUCCAGCUGAUGGAAACAAGGAGUCCAGUGAGAGUGCCAACACUACCAUUGAGGAUGAGGAUGUGAGAGCUCGUAAGCAGGAAAUCAUUAAAGUGACAGAACAGCUGAUUGAAGCCAUCAACAACGGAGACUUUGAGGCCUACACGAAGAUAUGUGAUCCUGGCCUCACUUCCUUUGAGCCUGAGGCUUUGGGCAACUUGGUUGAGGGUACAGAUUUCCAUCGGUUCUACUUUGAGAAUGCUCUGUCCAAAGGGAAGCAGCCCAUCCAUACCAUCCUGCUCAACCCGCAUGUCCACCUGAUCGGAGACGAGGCCGCCUGCAUCGCCUACAUCCGCCUCACGCAGUACGUGGAYGCCAGCGGCAUGCCCCGCACCAUGCAGUCAGAGGAGACCCGCAUCUGGCACCGCCGCGACAGCAAGUGGCAGAACAUCCACUUCCACCGCUCCGGCUCGCCCACCGUCCCCACCAACUGAGUCGACGUUCUUCCUCUCCUGCAGCAGUCAGAUGACCACACCCGGCCUACCAUUAGUCGCCUCAGCCAAGCCCUGCCCUCAUUUGCUAAAGCCCCGCCCUCAGUGUGUUGUUUACAUAUGGUUGGACUGGAGAAUCUUGUACCUGUAAGAAAAAAGCCAAGAGCCGUGGAGAAAUGAGGGAAAUGUGAUUUUUGUAGUGCAAAUGUGUGACGUUCAUAUCAGCAUGUUUCAUAUCUGAGCUUUGCUUUCGUUUUUGUUUUUUUAGAUCUGCAAGUUUUAUUAGAUGUUUACUUCAGAGGAGCUUCUUCAGUCUGGUAUCUGCAACUUUCUGCUUUGGUUCUGCUGGUGUGCUGUAGCUGCCUGUAGACACAGUUUUGGUUCAGUGACGUACAGCUUUCAGUAAACUCUGACUUGUUAACCCUUUCAGCUCCGUUCUUUGGCUCCCUGCUGCCAUCAGCUGUUUAAUUCACAUGGAGACUUGAAACUCAGAGCAGCUCCUGUCCGAAUGUAACCUCCUGUAGUUUUUACUCCGUAAGAAGCUGGUGAUUUUAUAUUGUUUCCUUCAGACUSUUAACGUUUGUGUUUUAUCUGAACCUGAACCUGAGUCUAGCUGCUGGUCCUGCCUCUCAUCACCACCAGGUCUCUGCUCUGCUUUGGGUUGAGAACUGCUUUCUUUUUCUUUUUUUUCUUCCAGAACAAAGAGAAACAUUGUGUUCAGAUUGGAAACAGAUUAGGGAUUAUGAUAGUUAUUUCCACUGGGUGUCCAUCUUCUUAUGUUUGACUAAGUUUUUCUUUUUAGAUAUUGAAGUCACAGAAUCACUGAAUAAAUUCAGUUUCAUCACAUUUAACCAGUUUUUAUCUUUCUACAACCUGUUGAUAACAUUGAUUACUGUGACGGGACGAGCCUGAUGUAUGUUUAAGGAAAUCUGAAAUAAAAUGUCAUUUAUGCCAAAUUUAAAAAA